AUGGAAUCAUCUAAUAGAGCACUCUUUAUUGCAGGCAGCAUAGUGCAGUGCGCCGAAUGCGGCACGCGCACGAUGGGCAAUAAACUGUCGUCGUGUUCCUGCGCGCCCAUCCUCCGUAAGGCGUACCGUUACGAGGACAGCCCGUGGCAGAACUCACGACGUCGUGAUGGUCAUUUAUUAAGACUUUGGGCUGAGGUGUUCCACGUUUCGGCAAGCGGUGCAGGAACGGUAAAAUGGCAGCAGGUGUCGGAGGACCUCGUGCCAGUCAACAUCACCUGCAUACAGGACUCACCUGAAUGCGUGUUCCAUAUCACAGCCUACAACUCGCAAGUCGAUAAGAUCCUCGACGUCAGACUACUACAACCAGGAACCCGGAUAGGACAAGCUUCGGAAUGCUUCGUGUACUGGAAAGAUCCUAUGACGAAUGAUACCUGGGGCUUGAACUUUACUUCUCCCAUUGAUGCCAAACAAUUUAGAGAAUGUUGUUCACCAUCGUUCAAAUUCUCACGGAAGGCUUCUUCAAGCUAUAGUUUAAAAUUAGAACCUCCGGGAAGUAAGCAAAAAUUUAAAACCAAAAGGAAACCAGUAUCCACACCAGCUAGUCCGAACCGUUCAAGCUUAACCUACGGUCGAGAGCCACAAUGUACCUGCAUGACUCAAGACCAAUACACUAGACUAAGAGCCCAAGAUCCGCGAUAUCGUUCAUCUACUCUACCGCGCACAGCCACUCGCGCUAUGGAAACAGACGCAGCAGCUGCUGGUGGAACAGCAAACCGUUCCGAUAAGGUCACUGCAGCAACUUCAUCUACUUCUCUAUACGACAACGUCACAAAUUCGCAACCUACAACUCAACAACCGCCUAAACCGGCCGCUCGCCAGACUGAGAGUCAGCCACCGGCACGUCCUCCGAAAUCGCAGGAGACUUCUACGAUGACUACAAACACAUCUACAGCACCCAAAACUGUCACUGUUUCUGUUGGUACACAUGGCACUAAUACGAGUGACGAAUCUCAAGGACCCACUGGUGGCAGUACUGCAACGCAACAUAGUCAAGACCUUAAAUCCGAGGGUGUUCAAGCUGGGGGAACACUGACUACCACUAAAUCGUCAUCAACAUCAACACGUUCCGGAAAAGAGCAUCUGCAACACAUGCCCAAGAGUGUCGACUACGGUGAUGGUAACGAAUCUUCACGUGAGUCGGAUAAACAUACCAUGCAUCACCAUAAUGUCAUCAACAAUAAUACUUCGGGAUCGCGUCGAACAAAAUCCAAGAGCACGGAAGACAUGAAUAUGGAUUCUAACACACUUAAACGUAUGCUUAAGCCGAUGCCGUCAACAGAAAGCCCCGUAACAUCUCCAGAAAUGGGUCGCCGACGGUAUGGAGGCACAGGGCCUUGCCCCCCGUCGUGUGGAUCGUAUGGUCACCGUAACUUGCAGCAUAUGCAUGGCCAUGGACAUUAUUCGCACGUGGUUAACAACAAUACCCGACAGAGCUCGCAACGGUAUUCCUCAGCAAGCCGUGGGGUUGGCGUGGGCGCUGCACCGAGCGGCUAUCCAGGGCGCGGUCUGUACUUAGAACUAGGAGGCGGGGAACGGGACCUUUCGCCACCUUCGGAUAACGUAAUGUUUGACAACCAGUGCUACGCCACUACGCCGUCGUCCUCAAACGGAAAUUCUGAUCAAGAGCCGUGUCAACGUCGCGAUCUUCGACAGCAUCAUCAUGUGCAAAAGCCAUGCCUAUCACGUCAGGCAUCACAAUCCAAUACAACACCAGCUCCAGGUUCACCCACCUCACGUCUACUCCUUGAAUACGAGAUGCAUCUUCGCAACACUCUAGCAAAAGGCAUGGAUGCGGAAAGCUACAGCUUACACACAUUCGAAGCCUUGCUGACUCAAAGCAUGGAAGAUCUAGAGUACAACGACAAUAUGCCGCCAUCAAAUCAGCGGAGCCCAUAUCCACCACGCAGGCGUCCAGCUUCACAGUGCUCAGGAGGUGGAAGUCGCUCGUCCACCCUACCGAUGCCUCAUCGACUUGGUGUCGAAAGGCAGCACAGCGCCAAAUCCGAUCGAGACGGAUACUACAGCGACCGUAACGAGCUGAUGCGCGAACGCGAAAGGGAUCGAGAGCGAGGAUAUCUAAGUGAUCACAAUACAAGGGAUCGGAACCGAGAUCGUGAUCUAGGAUAUUUGAGCGAUCACCAAUCAAGGGAUCGGAACCGAGAUCGCGACCAAGGAUAUUUGAGCGAUCAUCAAUCAAGUUUUGUAAGUGCUUCACGAUGUGCGUCCUGUAUUGGAGAAUCUGCUCGAUCAGCGUGGUAUCGGCACUCGGAUGGCUGGCGAGGCGGCCCGCCUCAAGGCCAUCGUCGCUCUCCUUGGGACUCCCUCCCCAGCUUACGUCAUGAAGGCAGCCUCAAUGAUUCCGGGUAUAGGAGCAACAAAGCUGACAGUUUCGAACAACGGGGCGUGUUCGAUCGACAAGACAGCGUCCGUUCGGAAUACACCAGUGAUAGGGAGUCUAUGCGUUAUGGCAUUGUACAACAAGCUUCGAUAGACAGCACUGAUUCAAGAAUCUGCUAUCUAACUUCAAGUGAGUAUGGAGGUGUAAGUAUCACAAAGUACUACAAAUACUCUAAAGCCCGCAUCGAGACAUACGGAUCUAAUCACAGACAUAAUUGGGACUCUAACUCGCUCUCGAUAAUACCUGACUUAUCAGAACCAUGCGCUGAACUGAGGCAAAAUUGCUUUACACAAUCCAUCAGUCUCUCCACUCCAUUUCAAUUAUACAAUGGAAUGUUAAGUGUCUAUGUAUGA